CUGAGAUGUGAGCGGCGCCGACCAGCAACCGGGGGCGGAGCCAUGUGGCCGUACAAAGUCCCAGGGCCCGGUCUGGACCUGAACCUGAACCAGAUCCUGGACCAGACUCUGGACAUGAACCGGAACAAGUCCAUGCUCCAAAACCUCAAUGCCAGACUAUCCUCCUACAUUCACCAGGUGGGGCGUCUGGAGUCGUCCAAUCAGGAGCUGGAGCAUCAGAUCGAGGUGGAGCUCCGGCAGAGGUCACCUGGAGACCUCAAACACCUGGACUCAAAGCUGAGGAUCGCCACCGACCUGCAGGACCAGAUCAGUGUGUGUAUUCGGGAGUGUGCGUUCCUGAAGCUGCAGAGUCUCGGAGCUGAACUCUCCAUGUUCGACCUCAAGUCCAGGUGUGAGGAAGUGGCGGCGGAGCGAGAGCAGCUGGGGGCGGAGAUUAGAGAUCUGCAGCUGGUGUGGGUGGAGAUGCAGGAGCGUCACCUGACCGACCUGAACCAGGAAGUGUUUCAGAAGGAGGCGGAGCUACAGGGGCUACAGACUCAACACCAAAAGGAUGUACAGGGUCUCCAGUUGCGACGCGCAGGGAUCUCGGUGCAGCUUAGGAGUCGAACCUCCAACCCUGACCUGGCUCUACAGCUGCAGGACAGGAGCUGGAGCGGCCUCACACUGCCCCCACUGGACUGGAGUCUGCAGGUGCCACAGGUGGAGGCGUGCGCUCCCCCUGAAGACUCUGAGCUGCUGGAGCUGAAGAACACGGCCUCUGGUCUCCAGCGUGAACUCGAUCUGCUACGACAAGAGACCCGCUCUCUGGAGUCUGCAGCAGUCGACCACAUGGGGGCGCUGGAGCAGCACCUCUCUGUCUCUCAGCUCAGAGCAUCGAGUCUCUGUGACGAGCUCGAGACGACGCUCGACGCCACAGAACAGCAAAACCAACGCAACCAGAACCUGCAGGGGCGGGUCAAAGCGUUGAGGGCAGAACUGCACCGCUACCAAGAGCUGCUGCGGGAGGCCAAUCAGGACGAAGAGCUGCUCAUCAGGACCAAUCAGAGCGGCGCGGGAGCCAUUCAGGGGGGACAGUUGAUCAUGAGGACCAAUCCGAGCAGAGACCAGCUACCAACAGCCAAUCAGAGGAGAGAACACAGAGUCCUCAGUCCUGGUCCAAUCAAAAGCCCAUCUUCUCCAUUAAAGUGGCCCACCCCCAUGACCCAAAUCCCUUCUCCCAAAAGUCAAAGGUCGGUCCAGGCCGGGCAGUCGGUCCAGAGAAAGAUCGGGUUUGAACCGGACCCGAGAGUGGCGGCGGCCAUUUUGUCUGAUUCAAAACACAACACAACACUGAAAACUGCAGCAAAAAACAGCCCAAACGAGAUUCAAAAUGUGAAUAUAAAUGUGAACGCUUCAGAGAGGGUUAGUUUUGGUUUGAACAAAGAAGAAACUAAACCAAACAAGUCCUCUGCCAAAUCUGCCACAGAAAUAAAACUUACAGAUGCAAAAACUCUUCAAAAUUUGAAUUUAAAAACUGCACAAGUCGAAACUGGAGUAAAACUCGACAAAAACGUUAAUGUAACCUCUGUUCACAAAAUGGAGUCUAAAAUGGAGAGAUCAGAUGGAGGACUGGCCCCAGUGAAAAGCAAAGAGGAUGCUAACGUUUCUAGCACAAAAACAAAAACAGAGGUGAGUCAAAAUAGGCUUCAGAAUACAAAUAUAAACGUGAACGCUUCAGAAGGAGUUGGUUUUGGAUUGAAAAAAGAAGUUAAAGAAGAGAAAAAAGAAGAAGCUAAACCAAACAUGUCCUCUGCCACAUCUGCCGCAGAAAUGAAAGUUAUAGAGUCAAAAACUCUUCAGAAUUUAAAUUUGAAAACUGCACAAGUCGAAACUGAAGCAAAACUUGCCAAAGACAUUAAUUUAACCUCUGUUGACAAAAUGGAGAGAUCAGAUGGAGGACUGGCCUCAAUGAAAAGCAAAGAAGAUGCUAAUGUGCUGGCUAACGUUUCUAGCACAAAAACAAAAACAGAGGUGAGUCAAAAUAAGCUUCAAAAUGCAAAUACAAAUGUGAACGCCUCAGAAAAAGUUAGUUUUGGUUUGGAAAAAGAAGUUAAAGGAGAAAAAAAAGAAGAAGCUAAACCAAACAUGUCCUCUGCCACAUCUGCAACGGAAAUGAAAGUUAUAGAGUCAAAAACUCUUCAAAAUUUAAAUUUGAAUUUAAAAAACGCACAAGUCGAAACUGGAGUAAAACUUGAUAAAGACGUUAAUGUAACCUCUGUUCACAAAAUGGAGUCUAAAAUGGAGGGAUCAGAUGGAGGACUGGCCCCAGUGAAAAGCAAAGAAGAUGCUAAUGUGCAGGCUAACGUUUCUCGCUCAAAAACAGAAACAGAAAUAAUUAGUCAAAAUAGAUUUCAAAAUGCAAAUAUAAACGUGAACGCUUCAGAAGGAGUUGGUUUUGGAUUGAAAAAAGAAGUUAAAGAAGAGAAAAAAGAAGAAGCUAAACCAAACAUGUCCUCUGCCAAAUCUGCAACGGAAAUUAAAGUUAUAGAGUCAAAAACUCUUCAGAAUUUAAAUUUGAAAACGGCACAAGUCGAAACUGGACCAAAACUCGGCAAAGACGUUAAUGUAACCUCUGUUCACAAAAUGGAGUCUAAAAUGGAGAGAUCAGAUGGAGGACUGCCCCCAGUGAAAAGCAAAGAAGAUGCUAACACUCAGGCUAACAUUUCUAGCGCUAAAACAGAGACAGCAGAAAUAUGUGGAAAAGUAGAAAUAAAGUCAGGGGUUUGUGCCCAAAAUGGCAGCAGCGUCAAACUCAAAGACAAAAUGGAGGAUGUAAAGACAGGAAUGAUUUUAAAUGCACAGAUUUUGAAAGGACAGAAUCUCAAAAUGGAGGAGAAAAUUCCCAGUGAAAACCAAGACAGUAUUUCAAUGACCACAGAAAUUCAGAAUUCCACAAAUGUUUCAAACUUUGGCGUGAAAAAUUUGGAAAUUUCAAAAUUAGAAGUUGUUGAUACCCAGGCAUCUCAAAGUGAGCAAAGUACGAGCAAAAUAUUGGCAAAAACAGACCAAACUUUGACACAAACAAAAAUGACCCAGCAAGAAGAAAGUAAAGACGUUGUCAGACCACAACUUCUAAAGAGUCUAAACUCUCAAAAACGCAUGUCAAAUUCUGAAGAAAACACUGAAAUUUUACAAAAAAGUGCUGUGGAAGGAAGGAAAGAAGAAUCGUCUCAGAGUUUGAUAAAUGUGGAAAAUCAAAUCCCAAAAAAAGAGGAACUUGAAAUUGAAAAUGAGCCAAAAAUGUCUCCAGAACACGCUGGUGACAACAUUGGAAAAUUACACACAGAGAGUAAUAUUAUUGUUGUGAAAAUUACAGAAGAAAGCCAACAAAGUCUCACAAAAUCCAAAGACACAUCGCUGGAACUGACCAAAGAUAUCACUGUGAAGAAUCAUUCUGGGGAAGAAUUUCAGAAUUUUGAAGUUGGAAAUUUGCUCGAAAGUUCUCCAAAGUCUGAGUCAGUCGACUCGGAAAAGAGACGCUCUGAAAGUAACAUUGUUAUUGUGAAAAUAAUCGAAGAAGUCCAGGACAGUCUGAGCAAAACCAAUGCAUACAAUGAGGAUGGAUUUGGUUUGGAAGACAACGUUUUCAUCACGGAAAGUCGGGACCAAAAUGCACCAAAAAACCAAGACACGGCUGUACAGAUAUUGGGAGAUUUGAAGGAUUCCUCGACUCACAAUCUUACCGCAAAACAAGACAAGGAAACUGGAGGAGACAUGGCCAAAAUUCAGAAUUUGGAAGUUGGAAUUGUCUUGGAAAAUUCUGCAAAACAAAUCAUUGGAAAUUUUGGAACUGUUGGAACAGAAAUGAACAUUGAACAUUCAAAAACAGCAGAACUCACAGAUAGCAAAAUGGACACCAAGAAACAAGAAGUAGUAAACACUGAUUUAACUUCAAAACUGUCCAAAGAAAUUGAAACAGAAAACCACGGCAUGACAGUGGAGUUACAGGGAGGACUGAUGGAUUCCUCUGCUAUGAAAAAUGAUCCAAACGUGACAGAUUUUAAGAUGGAAACUCGGAAUUUUGAAUUAGAAAAAGGCUCUGAAUUUUCCCUCAAAUCAAACUUGGUAAAUUUUGAAACAAUUUGUACUAGAAAUGUCAUUGUAGAGCCAAAAACUGCUACAGAUUCUGGUGUCAACUUCACUCAAAUGUGUGAAUCCGAGAAGCUGAAAAUAAAGGAUUCUAAAACUGAGGGAGCACCAGAGAAGUUAGGCACAAAAAUGGACCAAAUUUUGACCGGAAAUGUUUUCGAAAUUCAAGCUAAAAUGUCACAGGACGAACAGAUCAAAGACGUCACAGUUGAACUAAAAAACACUCAAAAAAUUCAAGUUUCAGAGAGACAAGAGACGGAAAUUUCACAGAAUCUGUUGCCACCGGAGCCGGAAAGAGCACUGCCCAAAAGUGAAACUGAAAAACCUAAAAUUCUGGCAAAGUUUACAAAUGAUGAAACCAAAAUAUCAACUAGUGUUGCCGAUUAUGAGAUGCUCUGUCCAAAUUUUCCAACCACAAAUCUUGAGUUUGAACAAAACCUAGAAUUCCCGCAGAAUCCUGAGAUUGAGGCGGAGUUUUUGAAGCUAAACGAAGACGCAUUCUGUCCUCAAGAUCUGGAACACUUUGUUGAAACUCAAAUGGACCUGAGUGUAGAUGCAGAUUUCGACGAGGACCUGACAGAAGCCAACGUGCGCGUGCGACCAGUGGAGCGCUUCGUCUUAAAGGAGAGCCCUUCGUUCAGCGACUCUUUCUCUGAUCUCGAGGAAAACGCCACGAUCCAUGAAAGUUUGGCAUCUUUUGGAGAAGACGGGAGAGGUGUUUCUAUUUGUGCGAGCGUCCCGGGAAGUCUGCAGAUUUACGGACCAGAACGAGUGAUUGCGGAGAAGGAGAGAGAAAGUGGGUUUGGAGGUUUGUAUCGAGCGAAAGCAACCGGAACGUGCAAAGAGAGAGAGAAUCUUGUUUUUAGCAAUGAAGGAAAAGUGAACGUGGAACAGGCCAAAGGAACGUGGGUGGAUGACUUUACCACCAAAACUGUGCGCGGAUAUAUUCAGGGAAGUUCGGAAAGAGAUUUGAUUAAAACACGGAGCAAAGAGGAGCGUGAAGGAGGGGGGAUAAUGGUUCAAAAUGUGUCCAAACUUGAAGGAAUUGCAGAUGGGAAUGCUGUGGAAAUUGGAGUUUGUGGAGCGUCUUCAGAGCGCCGCUUAUCGAUGGAAAAGGAACGUGAGAAGGACAGAAGUUUGACAGAUGUGAGGCGUAAAGAUGAAAGGAUGAGAGCUGAAGAAGAGAAGGGAGGAGAGAACGUGACUAAACGUGAAGGUAGUUUGGACAUUCCUCUGAGUCCCCCGGCAAGCGCCAAAGUGGGCAGCGAGUGGCGCGUUUAUGGCCGGAGCACUGGCAGGAUGAGCACCAGUCCACCCCAGAACCAAAACCUAAGUCCGACAAAGAUCCAGGGUUUAAGUCCGAUUGAAACCCAAAGUCCAAAAUCUCAGGGUUCAGAUCUGAGUCCGACCAAAAGCCAGUCCGGUUUGGUCUUGAGUCCAAGGGGUUCAGGGCGGAUCGACGGUCUUUACGGCGGGAAAAUGGCGAGCAGAGAGAGAGAUUUGUCUCCACGAGCAUUGAGUCCCGGACGCUUCGGAAAAGCGGACAGCGGAGAGUGGUUUGUUUAUGGGAACAGAGAAAGGAUCAGCCGCCGUGCCUCCGAAAGCGAUGAGCAGUUUGGGUCUCCAGGGCAUCUGAGUCCCAGCCCCUUGAGUCCCGCCAGACCCAUCAGUCCCUCAGACCUGGGUCGGUUUGGGAGGGCGAACAGCGGCGAGUGGAGAGUCUAUGGACAAAGCCAAGACCGAAUCAGCUGCAGCACAGAAAGAGGGAGAAUGCUGAGUCCCCCAGGCCACCCCAGGAGUCCAACCUCCCGCGCCCUGAGUCCCCUAGGCCGCCCCAUGAGUCCAACCUCCCGUGCCCUGAGUCCCCUAGGCCGCCCCAUGAGUCCCUCAGGCCGCCCCAUGAGUCCCUCAGGCCGCCCCAUGAGUCCCUCAGGCCGCCCCAUGAGUCCCUCAGGCCGCCCCAUGAGUCCCUCAGGCCGCCCCAUGAGUCCCUCAGGCCACCCCAUAAGGCCCACCUCCCGCACCAUGAGUCCCCUGGGCCGCCCCAUGAGUCCUUCAGGCCGCCCCAUGAGUCCCUCAGGCCACCCCAUGAGCCCCACCUCCCGCACCCUGAGUCCCCUAGGACGCUUCGGGGCCGGCAGUGCAGAGUUCUACGUUUACGGAAACAGAGAGCGAAUCAGCCAUGCAAAUCGAGAGAAUUCACAGUUGGGGUCACGGGGAUUGAGCCCCGGUCGCCCUCGGAGUCCAGAAUUUUUUGGUCGCUUCAGUCCCGAUGGGUUCAGUCCGAAUGGAUUCAGUCCCGAUGGAUUCAGUCCUGAUGGCUCUUACAUGUCGCCGCUGUCACCGCUGUCGCCCUACAGCAGGUUCAGCCCCAGAGCCUUGAGCCCGGGAGGUUCUGGUCUGAGGGACCGGUCUCUGAGUCCGGACUUGGGUCGGGGGGAUUGGCUCGUCUAUCGUAGUCUGAGCCCGAGGAGAGGAGAUGUGGAUGGCGGCCAUUUUGACCUGAGGGCGCGACACCUGAGUCCUCCGAGCACCGGGCGCCUCGGGAAGCCUGAUGGGAAAGACUGGCAUGUUUAUAAAACUCUGAGUGCAACAGACGAGAAGCAGAGGAAGAGAGCACUCAGUCCCCCCGAGGUCCAGAGGAAACUGUUCUUCAUCCGCUCCAGUGACAAGAGCAAAGGCGGCAUGGUCAGGAGGAGCGGAAGCCUGGAGGGUAGGGCAAAUACCACUCGCAUCAGCGGCACCGGGGGCAGGAGCCUCGUCAGCUCCAUCGGGAAGUUUAUGAGCUCAGAAUGGAGGCUCGGUCGCAGCAAGAUCAAAGGAGGCAAGGACGUAGGAAACAAGGAGCUAGGAGGGACCGGGGGGCGGGUCAUCACCAGCAGCGAUGGGCCAAUCAAAAGCUCUGGCAGCGGCACUGGCGCCAAGAAGGAACGAAUCAGUGUCUGCAAGAUGGCUGCCAUGUCCCUGUCCAAAGACAAAGCCAAGAAAAACACAGUGACCUCUCCCUCCAUCCAGCUCUGGUUAUCCACAAGUGACUCCACCGUGGGACCUGAGGACUCUAAACCCUGAUUGGUCCAUUCUGAGAGGCGAGGGCUGUGAUUGAUCCUUUCUCAGAGGCGAGGGCUGUGAUUGGUCGGUUUGAAGAGGCUGUGAUUAUAGUAUUUGGACACAGCCGAUGGAGCGUGACAGAACAACAUUUACAUAAAGUGGUUUGAGCCUGAAGCCAUUUUUGUUCUAAAGAUGAAAUUGAAGACAUGUUUUUCUUCAUUCAUCUCACCGCUGUGUUCAGUCUGAGUCUAGACCUGGUUUAGACCAGGUUUAGUCUUGGUUUAGACCUAGUUUAGUCCUGGUGUAUAACUGGUUUAGUCCUAGUUUAGUCCUGGUGUAGCCUUGGUUUAGUCCUGGUUUAGUCCUGGUUUAGUCCUGCUUUAGUUUAUUGAUUGGUCUUGAUUUAGUCUUGGUUUAGACCUGGUUUAGUCCUGGUUUAGUCCUGGUGUAGUCCUGGUGUAGACCUGGUUUAAUCUUGGUUUAGUCCUGGUUUAGUCCUGCUUUAGUUUUGAUUAGUCCUGGUGUAGACCUGGUUUAGUCUUGGUUUAGUCCUUGUAUAGACCUGGUUUAAUCAUGGUUUAGUCCUGGUUUAGUCCUGGUGUAGACCUGGUUUAAUCUUGGUUUAGUCCUGGUUUAGUCCUGCUUUAGUUUUGAUUAGUCCUGGUUUAGUCCUGGUGUAGACCUGGUUUAGUCUUGGUUUAGUCCUUGUAUAGACCUGGUUUAAUCAUGGUUUAGUCCUGGUUUAGUCCUGCUUUAGUUUUGAUUAGUCCUGGUUUAGUCCUGGUGUAGACUUGGUUUAGUCUUGAUUUAGUCCUUGUAUAGACCUGGUUUAAUCAUGGUUUAGUCCUGGUUUAGUCCUGGUGUAGACCUGGUUUAAUCUUGGUUUAGUCCUGGUUUAGUCCUGCUUUAGUUUUGAUUAGUCCUGGUUUAGUCCUGGUGUAGACCUGGUUUAGUCUUGGUUUAGUCCUUGUAUAGACCUGGUUUAAUCAUGGUUUAGUCCUGGUUUAGUCCUAGUUUAGUCCUGGUGUAGACCUGGUUUAAUCUUGGUUUAGUCCUGGUUUAGUCCUGCUUUAGUUUUGAUUAGUCCUGGUUUAGUCCUUGUAUAAACCUGAUUUAACUAGUCUUGGUUUAGUCCUGCUUUAGUUUUUGAUUAGUCCUGGUUUAGUCCUGGUGUAGACCUGGUUUAGGCCUGGUUUAGUCCUGGUUUAGUCCUGGUUUAGUCCUGGUUUAGUCCUUGUAUAGACCUGGUUUAGUCCUGGUUUAGUCCUGGCUUAGUCCUAGUUUGGUCCUAGUUUAGUCCUGGUUUAGAUCUGGUUUAGUCUUGGUUUAGUUAAACGAGUGGGACUUGUUGUUUUCAGUUUUACCACUAGAUGGAGUCGUUUCUUUGUAAUCAACAGAUUGUUCUGUGUUUAAGCUGCAGUUUGCGUUGUAACCACCAGAGGGAGGCACAUCUUUAACAUCUGAAUGUUUUAAAUCUGUUAAACUGUGUGUUUUUGGUUUUCGAGGUUUUUACAUCUGUUUUUGAUCAGAUCUGUGUUUGAAGUUAAUAUAAUAAAGCUAAUAUUUGUACUUAUU